AUGAAUCGUGAGUUGACUCAUCUAGAUUGCACAUUUUUCAGUCUAAAAUUAUGCAUACCCCUGAAAACACUGAAUUCUCUUAUAGACAUCAACUACUGUUGCUCUGUGCACGACUCGGACUACGGAAGUUACGAGAAGUGGGGAUCGCCAUCAAUAUCCUAUGCAGAUGCUAAAUUCGACAGUUGUCUCGCCAGGAGUUCGAGCAGGUCUCUUGAAAAGUAAAGCGUUCAAUUCUGAAAAAAAACAGUUUCAGAUGGACUCGUUACGUCGUCCGACCAGUAUACACCAUCAGUGUGAAAACCAACAGCUGGUGGAAAGGGAUGAAAGCUUGGUGA